CGGCUCCUACCCUGCAUCGCAAUCAACUACACGUGCUCUCGUUUGCAUUUCCCGCUUCUUUCACUCUCCCUCCACCAGACCACACCGCUCCCACAUGACCUGCCUGCAACGCGUCCGGUAACACAGAAAGUGCCGGGGAGCUGGCGGAGAACAACUUCCGUCAAUAUGGCUGCUCGAAGCAGGCCCCGCGGCCAACUCAAGGAGGAGUUCGAUGAGGAGCGGGUGAUUUGGAACUCGAUCAAAUCCGAUGGCCGAAGGGUUGACCAGCUCAUGAAAGAAUCAGAUCUUCUCCAGGAAAAAAUCCUUGCUCUCCAAGCAGAGCAGGCCGCUCGUACAGACCGUGGAGAGGAACGCUCAGCCCGUAUUGACGAUGAUUUGGAGGACCUCUUACGAGACAACAUCCGCAAGGUGGAAGAGGUCCAAGCUCUCCUCCAGCCUAUCGAAGGUGGUAAUGACGUUCAUACACAAAUGACUCUCCUUGCUGCCUUGCGCAAUUCUGAAGAAGCUCAGCCAUCUGCUUCACGAUCUACUAGCGUUGGGCAUGGGAAGUCUGGGCGCGACCGCCAGGGCAAGCGAAAGCUGACCGAUAGCAUCGAUGACCGCGACAGUCUGACUGCAGAUAGCCCCGGAGGUCCUAGCCCCAAAGUUAUCAUCAGCAGCCAGAAAGACCGACUGGUUGCCAAGUCUGGUGGCAGCAGGGCAGGGUCAGUCCCCAUUGCGAGAGAGGGCAGCGUCAAGAUGGAAGACGACAAGGAUGACUCGGGUAAGGAAGUUCGACCGCGCCUUACCCCACAGACUGAGGUGCUCUACCGCAAUAACGCCAAAAACCGAUCCUCCUCGUCGUCCAUGUCGUUUGAGGGUGAAGGUAUCCUCUGUCGCGUGACGUCAGUCAUCGGCGAAGGCAAGCAGCGUCGAUAUGAAAUUAUAGAUGCCGAUCCAGAUCCCCCAACCCCAUCCGCACCAUAUCGCGCCUCGGUCAAUCAUCUAAUUCCAAUUCCACCCCAGUCCUCUAACGCCACACUGCCCGACCUUCCCAAGGGCAAGAAUGUACUCGCCCUUUACCCAGGCACAACCACCUUUUAUAAAGCGGAAGUUGUAGCUACAUGGAGACAAUCUGAUGGUAAAGUGAAGAAGGAAGAUGGUGGGAGGGAGGGAGAUACGGUUGAGAACCUGGUGAGGCUCAGGUUUGAGGGUGAGGACGAAGCGGAUCGUGAGAUGAGCGUCGAGAGGCGAUAUGUAUUGCCAGAUCGAUGAGCAUCUGUACAAGAGUGCCGUUUAUAUACCAGACUCGCGCUAGCUACUCUGUAAUUGGAUAAUAUGCAAUGGAGAUUGGAUAUGUUGAUUU